AUGCCCAUAGUCUCGAAUGAUCCCACUUGGUGGUCGACCGUCAAUGCAUAUCGUGUUUCCAGCUAUUUUAUAGUUGCCGCCUCUGUUGGAUUAAUGUAUGAUUGGGCACUUACAUUGGGACAAGAGGUAGAAUUGGUCUGGAGGCAACGCUGGUCCCUAAUGACAGUUCUGUAUCUCGGUGUGCGCUACCUUGGAAUCAUAUUUGUCGCCCUGGUCAUGUUGGGCUUUAUUUUGUAUGUCGUAUGGAAUUGGAUGCGUGUUGUGGUAUUUGCAAUGCUGUGGGUCAUCAUCAUCACUCGGUUGCAUGCCAUGUAUCAACGAUCCAGAAAGAUCCUGAUAUUUCUCAUUGUCACAUUCCUGGCUGACAACAUCUUCAAUGGAGUGGCAGCUGUACUAUCAACGAUGCAUACUUCAGGGGAGGAACUCAUUCUCUCCGGCACCUAUCAGUGCUCGAUAGCUUUGCGGAAGAUGUACCAUACUUCUGAGUUCCAUUACUUGGAUACUCAGGCACCAGUGUGGGAGGUCAUCAUAUUAUGUCUCGCAAUCUGGAUUGCUGUCAAACACUUCCGUGAACUGCGACGACAUUCGGCAGGAGGGAUUAUCGGGGACUGCUUCGCGGUGUUGAUUCAAACUCACAUGCUUUACUUUGCGAGCUUUGUUGCCGUUUCUUGCUUCACCCUCGUUAUUGAUUUCUUUCCAACAAUCCCAACGGAACCAUCUUCCCUAGCAAUUAUUUGUUAUGGCUUGGUUCAAAAUUUGGAGAUCGUGCAGAUGUUUGUGCUAGGACCCCGCUUGAUCCUUAGCGUUCGAGAAUAUCACGCUAAGCUCGUGGCCGAUUCCGACGCAGAAACCAGCAUGACCUCAAUCGCUUUCCAAGAGCGUGUGCAUAUAUCGACUGGCAAUAGCGUGUAA